AUGGCUUCAUUUGCAACGGAGGAUGAGAGCGUCGCCGACCUGUUCAUCCAGCCGGACUUCUGGAAGUCGUCUAUGCUGUUAGACUCACCCACGCCCAUUGCUAAGGACUUUUUUGAUCUAUCUGACACAAGAAAAAUCGAGCCCGUCGUGAACGGUGCACUGGGCGUUCCAAAUGAUGGUUAUUUUAAGCUCCCUCCAGAUCUCAACACUGGAUUCAGCCCAGAGCAGCAAUCGGCUGAACCGCCAGCAAACAACGAUAAUGAGGCUUUGAGUAGCCCCGCCCCCGAAUCUGAGGUGGACCCGUGGCUGUUCCAGCAAGCUACGCCAAAGACUGCGAAUCUUAAAACAUGGGAUAGCUUUGAUGUCCCUGAAGCUGGUCUAAAGUCGAGAGGAUUCAUCACAGAAGCUGGAACAGGAGCAUACGAUCUUUUCCUGGCCUCGAAGGAGAACCCGUGUGGUGUCCCAUCUCACGACUCUUAUGAGACGCUGGAGCCUCACAGUUAUUCUGCCUGUCUUCUUGCCAUGUCACUUGGCCGCGACUCGGUCUUAUUCUCAUGGGACACAGUGAAGAAGGCCUUUCAGCCUUCGCUUAGUUUGACCAAAGUACCCGGAUACUCCGGAGAGUCGCUCAUUGCCAUGCUGCCGCUUUGCAAUUCUUGUGGUCAAGCCUAUCGGCGUCUGCGCUCAUUCAUAGACAGGACAUACUCUUCGAGUGCAAGUCCGCCCCGCGUCGCGCUUGCCAACGCCCUGGAUAGUUUGCUACUCGUCAUCCAAGAUGAGCUUGGACGUCGUGGUCUGAGGACUAUCUCGAUUCUCCAGCUGCAGUCACUUGUUCGCCCAGUCUAUCGCCUUCUCUCAUAUUUCCACAGACUUGUUAUGAAGAUUAAAAGAUCGACGAGUGACGCGGAUCUAGUCUCUCUCAUCUACAAUGAAGCACAGUCAGCUGAAAUGAGCGAACCAGUCCUCAGGGACACUAUGGGUCAAAUUCUUCGAAUCGUCUCGACGCCAUGGACUGAAUUCGUUGGGGAAUGGAUUGGCUUGAAACCGGAAGAGGGCAUGCGUAUCAGUAAAAAUGGCCCAGGGAAAGGCUUCGUCAAGGUUGAGAACAGUGUGUGGAUAGACGACCAAGGCUUUGAGCUGGAAGAACCGGAUUACUUCUUGGACUUGGACAACAUGCCUAGUUUUGUCCCUGACGAUGUUGCUCAGGCAAUAUUCGAGACCGGGCGAAACCUUCGCUUUUUACAAGAGAAUCAUCCGAAGCACCCAAUGGCGUCCACCGAUAUCGUUGGCUCGGCUAAUAUACCGAGACUCGAAUGGCAAUACGAUUGGGAGUCCAUCACAAGGGUUGAGCAGAAGGCGCUUGAGUAUCAACGUGCUGUACUGGAGAUGCUCCAGCAGAGGCGGGAUGACCGUGAAGACAUUGAUCAACAUUCAUGCAAUGAUGCCAUGGUAGAAGACAACAGACUGCUCCAAGUCUUUGGCAAAGACGAGCAAGACCUUCAACGAACAGUACUAGACUCGAUUGCGAACCUAGAUCGACCGAUCGAGAAGAAGGAGACAUGGAAUCAAUUGUCCAGAAUUCUCAGAGAGCAUCUCUUCGACAGCCAAAUGAAACAGGAGUCAGCUGACGCCGAGUUCAGCCCUCACUGGUCAUUAUUGCCAUUGCUAUCCUUCGGCCCUCCGGUAUACGCUCAGGCUCGACUUAUCAACCGCGAGUGCCUCCGGUUGUUGUUUAGUGAGCACAGCCUACGCGAGCACCUCGGACUCCAGAGAGCGUUCCAACUCCUUGGCAACGGCAUGUUCUCGAGCCGCCUGGCAAAUGCGCUGUUCAAUCCUGAUAUGGACACGACUGAGAGGCGAUCAGGUGUUUCCAGAUCUGGCAUUACCAUGGGUUUGCGCUUGUCGAGUCGUGACAACUGGCCACCAGCGAGUUCAGAGCUGCGACUUGCGCUCAUGGGAGUGCUUACAGAGAGCUACCAGCAAGAGAGCGGCGCCGACAGGCGUAAGCCCCCGUCAUCCACUGAGCAUCACGACGGGUUGCCGGGAGACCUCAGUUUUGCAAUUCGGGAUCUGUCGACUGAAGAAAUGGAAAGAUGCAUGGACCAGGGAUCUCUUGAGGCUCUCGACUUUCUGCGGAUGUCCUACAAGCCUCCACAAGCGCUGGUACCAGUCAUCACGCCCGCGUCACUUCUAAAGUAUGAUCGAAUUUUCAAGCUCAUGCUUCGCGUUCUGCGCAUGCUCUUUGUGGUGGACCAGCUUUUCCGUGAUACAAUUUUAAGACAAUCACACUGGGCCAACCUUGACGAUGCGUGUAUACGUUUCCGUGUGGAAGCUCACCAUUUCGUCACCAAUGUUGCUCGCUACUUCUUCGACACAGGCAUCGACCGACCGUGGCAUCGUUUUCAGACGUGGCUCGGCAAGAUUGAGAAGGGGCUUCAGGACAGCGGCCUUGUCCAGAGCUCGACAAUCGUGAGUCCAAGGCGGCUAGGGGAGGAGCACGAGCGGACUCUCGAUGACAUCGCGCAGGCGUUGCUUCUGAGGAAGCGGCAGCAGCCAGUUCUCAAGUUACUGGAAGAGAUUUUUACGCAAAUCCUACGCUUCGCCAAACAUUCUCGGCUGCGCACACCCAGUGACCACGACUCGGAGGAAAUUAGAAAGUUGUACAAGGCCUUCCGUGAGAAGAUCGAGGUCUUCAUCACUGUUUGUAGGGGACUGGGCGAGAAGGCCGGGUCAAAGAACGAUAAAGACAAUGGUGGACGCUCGGAGAAUCCACUUGCAAUUCUCGUGCUCCUGUUGGAUAUGUCGAACUACUAUACGAAGCGCUAG